AUGUCUGAACCUCCCCAAGUAUUUCGAGCUACUUACUCAAAUACCGAAGUGUACGAAUGCAUAAUGAACGAUUACUCAAUCAUGAGAAGAUGUAAAGACGAUUGGGUCAAUGCUACACAGAUUUUGAAAUGUUGUAAUUUUCCAAAAGCAAAACGAACCAAAAUUUUAGAAAAAGGUGUACAACAAGGAUUACACGAAAAAGUCCAAGGUGGAUUUGGACGUUUUCAAGGUACAUGGAUUCCACUAGAAGAUGCCCGUAGAUUGGCAGAAUCAUAUGGAGUCACUCAAGAACUAGCUCCAGUAUUGUUUUUAGAUUUCAGCGAUCCCAAUUUGAUUAUUCCUAGAAAAGAAAAGCCAGCUAGCAAAGAACCAGCUGCUGCUAAAAGAAAAUAUAUGAAAAAGGCCAAACAACCAGGUGACCCUCCACGAAGAUAUAAAACAGGGAAAAAGGCAGCUUUGCAGGCGGCAGAAGAAGCGGCAGCGGCGGCAGCGGCAGCGGCAGCAGCAGCAGCAGGCGUUACUGGACCCGGGAAUACGCUCCCAAUAACGACAUCUGCGUCAGGAAUCGUUUCGCAAUUGCCAGCCACAAACCCACCAGGUGUUGCAAUUCAAGGUAAUCCUCAAAUACAGACAGGUCAAAUACACAAUGUAAUAUCAUCUCAGGACACUUUUAAUUCCAUAUCAAGACAGAAUUCUUACAUCCAGCCAGCGGCCCAACAAUUGCCUCACAUGUAUAAUAUGUCUCAGUCGACUCCGGUAUCAUCUCAGCAAGUGAUUGAGAAUGGAAAUACGUUAAUGGGAACGUCCAAUGGUGGUUUUGGCCAACCUGAAUUUCAACCAGUGGGUAAUAACAAUAUGCCAGCUUAUCCAAACGAUAUUCAGAACUUUCAGAUGUUCCAAAGAAUGCAACAACAACAGCAACAACAACAAAUGCCAACUCAGCAAAGGUUUUUCCAAAACGGAUCUGCGCCUAACCCCAUUCCUCAACAAAUUUUACACCAAGGAAAAGUGCUGUCUUCGCAAUCAUCAAAUGAUAGCAAUUGGUCAUUUAGCAACACGCAAAAAGAUAGCGACACCUCAAUAAACUCAACUUCAGAGGAACCACGAAAGAUGCAAUUACAAGAGCCUAGUCCACAAGCCGAUAAUGGCUAUGCAGCCCAAUUAUUACGCUUUUUCAGUGAAGACAAUGUUGACAUACCUUAUUUUGUCAUUUAUCCACCGGCAGAUUUCAAUAUUAAUGAUCCGAUAGAUGAUGAAGGCCACACACCAUUGCAUUGGGCUGCAUCCAUUGGUAACUUUGAAAUGAUCCAUUUGUUAUUGUCAAAAGGGGCCAAUCCUCUUGUAGUGAAUAAUUUUGGUUUAAACCCAUUGUCUAAACUAAUAUCAUUUAAUAACUGUUUUGAAUUAAAAAAUUUCCCUACAGUUUUGGAUGAUUUGGAAUUAUGUUUGAUAAACACCGAUAUCAAUGGAAGGACGCCUUUACAUUAUUUGUGCCAAUUUGCAAAGUCUAAAACCAAGAAUGAUAGCUUGGUUUAUUAUUUGAAAGUUAUAUUGAACAAGUUAACCAUUUUGUCCAAUCAAAGUCAAGUGAGACAAAUCAAUUUGAUGAAGAAUGUAUUAGACCAUCAAGAUGUACAUGGUGACACUUGUUUGCAUAUUGCUGUGAGAUCUGGAAAUAUCAAUAUUGUGAAAAUAUUGUUGCAGUACGGGGCUAUGGAUGAUUUGGAAAAUAUAAAUCGUGAAACAGCUAGACAACUUAUUACCCAAUGCAAUCUUAUACCAAAUUACACACAAGUGGAUGCGGCACAAAUGGCAUAUCAAAACCAAAUGCAAUUAGGAAUGGGUAACUAUCUGAAUUACAAUGUGAACAACAAUGCUAUGAAUAAUAACGAUAGUAACAAUAAUAUCCCAGUUGUUCCCGGCUUAGCCACGCCUAUACAAUCAACUUUCACUAAAGUAGAAACUCCUGAUACACAGAGGACAACUGUUCAAGAAGACGAUAUGGACGAUGACAAUGAAAGCGUUGUGGCAAGAGUUGAUAAGAAACAUUUAGAAGCUUUAACAGACAACAAAGAGAACAUCUUUACCGAGAAACAUUUUGACAACAUUUCUACUCCAAUAAAUAAAAAGCAGAAUCAUAUUAACUUACAUCACCCGUUAGCAGUUAUUUCAGAAGUUGAAACAGCAACAACUAGCAAUUCUGUAUCAGAAACCCCUGUGCCAUUACAAGACGGAAAAAACCAAAGAAAGCAACAACAACAACAACAAGAGACACCACUUCCACUUCCGCUUUCACUACCAUUGCCACUACCAAAACAACGACAAGAAGAAGGAGAAGUAUCCUCAGAUGGGUCUACACCUCAUUUCUAUCACCCUCAUCCACCUAAGUUAAACGAUGAAGGGAAGAUAGAAGAUAGUGAAGAUAACGUUGAACCUAAAUUGCCAAUGUCAGAUUUAUCUUCGAUGAUAUCUGGUAUGAUUAAUUCUUUGUCUCAUACAUAUUCCGACGAUUCAGCAAAAUUGGAUUUAGAAAUCUCCAAGUUGAAGGAGUCUAUUAACUUAAAGCAACAAGAAAACCAAGAAUCAUUAACUAGAGUUCAAAAACUUCUAAUUAAUUCUGGAAUACAAGAACCGCAGAUUGAAUCUAUUGAACAAGGUCAAGGGUUGAUUAUUGAAACAAUUGAAGUUUGUGAGAGAACAAUAAAAGAAAAGGAACAGGAGUUAUUAAAGGUUUUGCAACAUAAUCAAUCUAUUGAGUUAGCCAAACUAGUUGAGCAACAAGAAUCAAAAUAUUUGGAAGAAGACAAAAAGAAUCAUUUUGAAAAUAGUCAUAAUAGAGAUGACGAUUUAAUAGAUCAAAGCCGAAUUGAUGAUGCCAUUGAAUUGAGUCGAUUACAACUUGAACGUAAUCGAUUGGUCAAUGAAAUAGUGAUCCACACAAAGUCUUUUGGAAUCGAUGAUAAGAUGUAUAAAUAUAGAAAAUUGCUCAGUUUGAGUUGCGGUGUUAAGGUUGAAGAAAUUGACAGUUUAAUAGAUGGAAUUGCUGAAUCAUUGACAGAAGGUAUGACGUGA